CCUAAUUAACGCAUGUUGGCUAGCUGUAUAUUUUUCAAUUAAUUGCUAAUACAACUUCAUACCUGUAACUUCAUACCAUACAGAGUAAAGAUGGCGGCUAAACUUCACUUUUUCGUGACGUCUCUGGCUUUCUUGACCCUUGCUGUGAUGACCAGUGGUCAUUGGAACAACAAUCAACCCAACCAAAGCGAAACGAGUGUUCCCCCCUGCCUCCCAAUAAAGCCUUACAUCCAGGUGACGCUACAGGCCAAAAACGUAUUGCAGGCGCCCAACUUUAAAUACGUUGCCGUAGUAAAGCUGCUUCAACAAAACCUCUUGGGGUUUUUGGAGAAAGCGGUGGACUUAAACCAAGGUUUCAGGUUCUCGUCGUCCUACUUCGGCAGCGCCCUCGGCUACAGGGUGGACAAGAUAAACGGCACCGCCGCCAUACAGAACCAGACUUUCUGGCAAAUCAGCAGCAACGGCACUGCACUUACACUUGGUGUCUCCACCUACUACCCCAGGAACAACGAGGUCAUCCUCUUCAACUUCACCACCUACGCCAAGGCCGGCCACGUGUGAGAGACAGCAGCUCACAUUCUUUCUAACAUUGUCAUUGUCACUGAGGUUGUCACUGUCACUGACAAUGUCACUGACACCGUCAAUGUUUUCCCCAGAUCCUUUCUAAAAAAAUUAACGAGAUUACCUUUCUAAGAUUACCUUUCUAGGAUUACCUUUUGUAUGUCACUAAAUUUAAAGCAUAGUUGGAAAUCUUCUGUUCAAAUGUUGUUGUUUUUUUUUUGCUUAAUAAAGCUUAUA